AAGGGGCCCGGCCGACCCCGAGCGAGGCGCGCGGGAGGCGCGGGGCGGAGCCGGGCUUGCCUGCCCCGCCUGGCGGCGCGGAAGUGCGGCGGAGUUCGUCCGACUCCCAGCUUCCCUCCGCCCCCCGCACCUCCCCUCGUCUCUCCCCUCCUUCCCGGACGCCUCCUCCCGGAAUCCCUGGUGGGUUUUUUUUGUUUUGUUUUGUUUUGGAGCUGGCUUCUCGCUGGCGGUGCCGCGGGGCUCCGGUUGCGGGCGAAGGCGGCUGGGGGCGCAGCUCAACCCCCGCACCGGCUGGGACGCGUGGGGCGGCGCGGAGCGCAGCGCGGACUUGGAGCUUACUUCCCGAACUACUACGGCUGAGUGCACGCACGGUGCGGGGAGGGGGAUCGUGCACCCGGAUCCCUUAGUGGUGGUGGGGUUCUGUUUUCCACUGAGGUUAUUCUUGCGCGUGUGGGGUGCGGGGCGGGGGAAGACAGGAGGGAUCGCUGAACUCAGAUCGGGGUCAGCUUCAGGCCCCCUGAGUGCUGAGGAGUUAGGCAAACAAAAGAGACCGCUCUGCGAGUGGCCACUAGUAGCUGGAGCGCCUCGUCUCUGGGAGAGGCCCGGAGCCCUCGAGGGCCGGCUACACGGCCAACCAGCCGGCCGCGGAGAGGUGUUGACGGCCUGCUGCGUGCGUGCCUGGCCCGGGUUGAACUCGGGCAUAUCCCCCCUUGGCCUCGGCUCAGGAAGCUGCGCCUCGUUCCUCUUGGAUUGUAUGGAUUUUUGAGAACCCAGUGGCCCCAGAGGAGGAGGAGGAGGAAGGAGGAAGAGGCAGAUCCGCAGAGGAAUGUGAGUCUCCCCAGGCCAGCAGCGGCUGCCGGGAGGAGCAGGGAGCCAGCCCCGCCUGCCUGUCUGCAAGGCCCGGUUUCCUGGGGAAUUCUCUUCUAUUUUAGAACAUCGCUUGGGUGCAGAGUGUCAGCUUCUUGUCCUGCUUCACACAGCCAGCGCCUCCAGGUCACUUGACUUUUCUUCUGGGAGUGGGAGGAGGAAGAGCAUGGCCCAGGAGCCCUCCCUCCCUGCUUUAAGCACAUGGCCAGAGCCCUGAUAGGACAGUCGUCGGCCUCUGGACGCUGCAUGAGAGAGGGCAGUCAGACGGCAUCUGCAGGUGCAGGGAUCCUGCUUGCUGGCGUGGGGUGGGGAGUCCACCUAGAGACUGAGCUGGGACACCCUAAGCGAGCAAACCCCCCGGCUGGGCAGGACCCUCUGCUUCCCUGAGAAGUUGGCCAUCUGGUGCAGCCCAGCUGAACCCAGCCAUGGCACUGAGAGGCCGGGCCCUGUAUGACUUCCACAGUGAGAACAAAGAAGAGAUCAGCAUCCAGCAAGACGAGGACUUGGUCAUCUUCAGCGAGACUUCUCUGGACGGCUGGCUACAGGGCCAGAACAGCCGUGGGGAGACAGGGCUCUUCCCCGCCUCUUAUGUGGAGAUCCUCCGUCCCAGCACCGACUACUACAGCAGCCCGGUGGACUCCCUGAGCACCCAGGCCAGUCUAUAUGACAGCCCCAGGAGUGGAGGUGUCGGUAGCGGCGGUUUUCUUUCCAACCAGGGCAGCUUCGAAGAUGAGGAUGACGAUGACUGGGAUGACUGGGAUGAUGGCUGCACAGUGGUGGAGGAGCCACGGGCUGGGGGCACCAAUGGCCACCCCCCGCUCAACCUCUCCUACCCUGGUGCCUACCCCAGCCAGCACGUGGCCUUCCGGCCCAAGCCACCCCUGGAGCGGCAGGACAGCCUGGCGUCAGCCAAGCGGGGCAGCGUGGUGGGGCGCAACCUCAACCGAUUUUCGUGCUUUGUGCGCUCCGGGGUGGAGGCCUUCAUCCUAGGGGAUGUGCCCAUGAUGGCCAAGAUCGCCGAGACAUACUCCAUCGAAAUGGGCCCACGCGGCCCCCAGUGGAAGGCCAACCCCCACCCGUUUGCCUGCUCCGUGGAGGACCCCACCAAGCAAACAAAGUUCAAGGGCAUCAAGAGCUAUAUCUCCUACAAGCUCACACCCACCCACGCUGGCUCCCCCGUCUACCGGCGCUACAAGCACUUUGACUGGCUCUACAAUCGCCUGCUGCACAAGUUCACGGUCAUCUCGGUGCCGCACCUGCCGGAGAAGCAGGCCACUGGCCGCUUUGAGGAGGACUUCAUUGAGAAGCGCAAGCGACGACUCAUCCUCUGGAUGGACCACAUGACCAGCCACCCCGUGCUGUCCCAGUACGAGGGCUUCCAGCACUUCCUGAGCUGCCUAGAUGCCAAGCAGUGGAAGAUGGGCAAGCGGCGGGCCGAGAAGGAUGAGAUGGUGGGCGCCAGCUUCCUGCUGACUUUCCAGAUCCCCACGGAACACCAGGACCUGCAGGACGUGGAGGACCGGGUGGACACGUUCAAGGCCUUCAGCAAGAAGAUGGAUGACAGUGUCCUGCAGCUCAGUACCGUGGCUUCAGAGCUGGUGCGCAAGCACGUAGGUGGCUUCCGCAAGGAAUUCCAGAAGCUGGGCAGCGCCUUUCAGGCCGUGAGCCAUGCCUUCCAGAUGGACCCCCCGUUCAGCUCGGAGGCCCUCAACAGCGCCAUCUCCCACACUGGCCGCACCUAUGAGGCCGUGGGCGAGAUGUUCGCGGAGCAGCCCAAGAACGACCUCUUCCAGAUGCUUGACACGCUGUCGCUCUACCAGGGCCUACUCUCCAACUUUCCCGACAUCAUCCACCUGCAGAAAGGCGCCUUUGCCAAGGUGAAGGAGAGCCAGCGCAUGAGCGACGAGGGCCGCAUGGCACAGGAUGAGGCAGAUGGCAUCCGGCGGCGCUGCCGGGUAGUGGGCUUCGCACUGCAGGCGGAGAUGAACCACUUCCACCAGCGCCGUGAGCUGGACUUCAAGCGCAUGAUGCAGAGCUAUCUGCGCCAGCAGAUCCUCUUCUACCAGCGAGUGGCCCAGCAGCUGGAGAAGACACUGCGCAUGUACGACAGCCUCUGACCACUCCCUGCUGGCAACCCACCGGGCCUGGGGGUGGGACUUGGAGAGGGCCCCACCUUUCUGCGGAGUUGAAACCUCCCCAUUCCACCCCUGGGAAAGGGGCAGCCAUCAGUCAUUCAAAGUCAGGCCUGGCCUCAGCCUCCCCCAGGACGUGUUGUGUUUGCUCCCCUGGCCACUGGGUAGACACUGGCACCCAGGGCUGUGCCAGUGCCCAAAUCUGGAGAGCGCAUCUUUGAGGCUAGGAUCAGGCACAGAGGAUGGCAGUGCCUAUAAUGGCAGCCAUGCUGCAGGCUCCUUGAAGCUCCAGAUGUGUGCCCAUCGAGGACUUCACAGAGGGGUUGCACUGGAGCACCGAUGGGGGGGGUCAUAUUUGGGGCAGGUGUGCUGUGCCAGGUGGAAACAGCAGUCUCCUCUCCCCCUCACUCUCACAUCUGUGCCCACAGCUGCACAGCGAUGCCUGCCUCCAACCCUACCAUUCUGGGCUUGGGUACUGGGGCAUACACCACGGACCACCGGGCCCUCGUGGCCCCUCUUGGCUGCUUGAGCUGACCAGCAGUAACUCACUACAUUCCAAGCAGGCUCUGGCCCCUGUGGCUCAGCCUGCCCCUGCUCCACCCCGGGGGAGGGGGGAGAACGGGACAUGCCUGGGGAGGGGCUGCAGGCCCACCUGCCUGGGCCCCAGCCAGCUUUCACUGUGAUGCGCUGCUGCUCAGGCUGCGCUGCCCCCAGCUGUGUUUACAUGUGCGGGGUCACGGCCACCUCCUGCCCCCAGGACCUGGUAGGGCCUUGGUUUGGAGGCAUUAGGGGCCUGACCUGCCACCACCACCCACACCAACCCACCCACCUGCCAUGCUCCUCCCCCAAGCUGCUGCUUUCCUUAUUUCUUCUUAAUAAACCUUUUCUGAUUCA